AUGGACGAACCACUCCGGGGGCACUCGCUGCUCGGCUCACUCGGCGGCGGACUCGAGCUGAUUGCACGACACCACCCACUCGAACCCCUCCUCAUCAUCGCACUCACCCUCUUGGCGGGAGUCGUCAGGUGCUGGAAGAUCUCACGACCAGCAAGCAUAGUAUUCGAUGAAGUCCAUUUCGGCGGAUUCGCUUCAAAAUACAUCCGCUCGGAGUUCUUCAUGGACGUCCAUCCGCCCCUGAUCAAGCUAUUAUUCGCACUCGUUGGCUGGCUGAGUGGGUAUGACGGGACGUACGAGUUCAAAGAGAUCGGAAGUGAUUAUUCAGAUCGGGUGCCGUACCUCCAGAUGCGCCUCGUGCCCGCACUGCUCGGCGUCGCCGUCGUUCCGAUCGCCUAUCUCACUCUGAGGAUGCUCCACCAACGCCCAUUAUCAGCUUCCCUAGGCGCCCUCCUCCUCACCUUCGAGAACGCACUGAUCGUCCAGUCCAGGUUCAUCCUGCUCGACUCACCUCUGCUCUUCUUCACCGCCCUCGCCAUCUUCUUCCACACGGGCUUCUGCAACGAGGACUCCAAACGGACCUUUACGCGGACAUGGUGGGUCUGGCUCUCCCUCACCGGCCUCAGUCUCGGCCUGGUGCUCUCCUCGAAAUGGAUCGGCCUCUUCACCAUCACCGCCGUCGGACUCCUGACCAUCAAGCAGCUCUGGGAGCUGCUCGGCGACCUGCGCAUCCCCCUCCCCAUCCUCAUCCGCUCCUUCCUCGCCCGCUUCCUCUGUCUCGCCAUCCUCCCCCUGCUCGUCUACAUCUCCAUCUUCGCCAUCCAUCUCGCCGUCCUCUCCGGCUCGGGCGACGGCGACGCCUUCAUGAGCUCCGAAUUCCAGCAAACCCUCCGCGGUCACACCCUGCCCGACACCUUCGCCGACGUCCUCAUCGGCUCCAACAUCACCAUCAAACAUACCAACACCCUCGGCGGAUACCUCCACUCCCAUGCCCAGUUCUAUCCCACCGGGUCCCACCAACAACAGAUCACACUCUAUCCACAUCACGACGAAAAUAACCUGUGGACCGUCCUCGGCAGACUCGCCGACGACCUCGACAUCAUCCACCGGAAACCUCCCGACUUUUAUUACAAGAAUCGCGUGCCCGUCAAUGGCUCCACCUUCAUUCGUCUCAAUCAUCCCUUGACCGACAAACGCUUGCACACCCAUGAUAUCAGACCUUCGGUAUCCGAGGUGGAUUAUCAGAACGAAGUCUCGGGGUACGGUUUCCCCAACUAUCCAGGUGAUGCAAAUGACGAAUGGAUAAUCGAGAUCGUCAGUAAGGAGUCGGACGUCAAAGCGGACCCAAUCUCUGCCCGCCAAGUCCGGGCACUCCGGACCAAGUUCCGUCUGCGCCACUCGCUCCAGAACUGCUACCUGUUCUCUCACAAGGUCCGGCUGCCCGAUUGGGGUUUCGGGCAGCAGGAGGUGACCUGUAACCGGAACCCGACCCUCGCCAGUUCGCUGUGGUACAUCGAGUCGAACUACCAUCCCCUAUUGGAUCAGGAUAAAGACGCGGUCAAGGUUAAUUACCAUCGGCCAAGCUUCUGGGCUAAGUUCUGGGAACUCCAGACGGUCAUGUGGCAGACCAAUAAAGCCUUGGUCCAGCACCACUCUUACAGCUCGAGGCCGAGCUCGUGGCCGGUCUUGAAGCGUGGGAUGAACUUUUGGGCUAAGGAUCAUCGACAGAUCUAUCUCAUCGGAAACCCUUUCAUCUGGUGGCUCUCCACCGCCGCUAUCCUCUUCUAUCUGCUCUCGAAAACUUUGUUGAUCUUGAGGAUCAAGAGAGGUUAUCAUGGCGAAGCUCGAAAUCUGAAUGUGAUCAAAUAUGAUGGGAUAUCGGCAUAUCUAGUUGUAGGUUGGGCGACCCAUUACCUGCCGUUUUACCUGAUGAGUCGACAAGUAUUUCUGCACCACUACUUCCCAUCGUUAUACUACGCGAUCUUCCAAGUCUGUACGGUGUUCGACUUUGCGACGAGUCGGCUGAGCUCAAAGGCGCGGCUCAAAACCUUCGUCUCCAUCCUCAUCAUCACCAUCUGGACCUGGUCGAUCUUCAAGCCGCUCUCGUAUGCUUCUUCGUGGACGAGAUCCCAGUGCGAGCGGGCUCGAUGGAGACGGACUUGGGACUUCAGUUGCCACGAUUUCCCCGAACAUCUGCUGGAGCCAAUCAUGAACGUCUUCCAACUGCCCGCGGAUGACGAGCUGCUCGAGCCCUCGCCCAAGGGUGCCCAUCCUUACGAGCCUGUUGCUAGCAUCGACCUUGCCUCCAAAGCAUCACACCCCGUCGCACGUCCUGUUGCAGCCUCUGUCUCUAAAGAUCGAGAGCGGCGCGCUUGGCUUGAAGAACUCGAUUAG